GAUUAGCAACCUCUUGGUCACAGACUUGCGCACACGCAUCACUUGCCUCUUUGACUACUCACUGCUCCUCACUUCCUACAUUCUCUACUUCUUCUCUCUCUCAUCACUGUUUAUAUUCUCAUUCUCAUCCUUCUUCUUUGCCAUUAUUAUUCUCUCUUUAUCUCUCUAAAAGCCAUGAACCCCUCUGAAGAAUUUGUAGAACAGGGAACAUCUCAACAGAACUUGAGAAGGGUGUCCUCUACAACAGUGCUUGCAUUGGCUUAUCAAAGUCUUGGAGUGGUAUAUGGCGAUCUCUGUAUCUCCCCUCUCUAUGUUUACAAGACCACAUUCUCUGGGAAAUUAAGCCUGCAUGAGAAUGAUGAAGAGAUUUAUGGGGUGCUUUCCUUUAUCUUCUGGACAAUUACACUUAUUGCUCUCUUCAAAUAUGUAUUCAUAGUGAUGUUGGCUGAUGACAAUGGUGAAGGUGGUACAUUUGCAUUGUACUCUCUUCUCUGCCGACAUGCAGGACUAAGCAUUCUACCCAAUCAACAAGCUGCAGAUGAGAAGUUGUCUGAGUAUGUAACAGACAGAUCUGCAGACACCUGGCAGAGUUCUGCUCUGAAGUCAUUCUUUGAGAAGCACCCAAGGUUUUGCAAAGGGCUGUUGAUUUUUGUACUGCUUGGAACCUGCAUGGCUAUUGCUGAUGGAGUACUCACUCCUGCAAUAUCAGUUCUUUCAGCAGUUUCAGGCAUCAAACUGAAGAUCACAGAACUCCAUGAGAAUCACAUUGUUAUUAUCUCGUGUGUCAUUUUAGUGGGGCUUUUCUCCCUUCAGCACUACGGAACACACAAAGUUGCUUUCAUGUUUGCUCCAAUUGUCACAGCAUGGCUUCUUUGUCUUACUGGCAUUGGGGUAUACAACAUAUUUCGGUGGAAUUCUCAUAUAUUUCAUGCACUUUCUCCAAUUUACAUGUUAAAGUUCCUUAAAAGCACAGGCAUUGAAGGAUGGGUAUCAUUAGGAGGAGUGGUUCUUGCCAUCACAGGUGUGGAGACAAUGUUUGCUAAUUUGGGCCAUUUCUCUUCACUCUCAAUUAGGAUAGCCUUCACAUUUCUAGUAUAUCCCUCUUUGCUUCUUACGUAUAUGGGUGAGGCUGCAUUCCUUUCUAAGCACCAUGAAGAUAUUGAGAGAAGCUUCUAUAAAGCCAUACCAGAAACUGUCUUUUGGCCAGUGUUCAUAGUAGCUACUUUUGCGGCUGUGAUAGGGAGUCAGGCUGUAAUAUCAGCUACUUUCUCCAUUAUAAGCCAGUGCUGUGCAUUGAAUUGCUUUCCCCAUGUUAGAAUCAUCCAUACUUCCAGUAAAAUAUAUGGGCAAAUAUACAUACCUGAGGUCAAUUGGAUGCUAAUGUGCCUUUCUUUAGCUGUGACAAUCGGAUUGAGGGACACAGGCAUGAUGGGUCAUGCAUAUGGGCUAGCAGUGACUACCGUUAUGUUUGUGACAACUUGCUUGAUGGCAAUGGUGAUGAUAAUAGUGUGGAAGCAAAAGACAGUUACUGCUGUUGCAUUUCUGUUGGUGUUUGGAUCAAUGGAACUACUUUACAUCUCUGCAUGUAUUUUCAAGGUACCUGAGGGUGCAUGGAUUGCGCUUACAGUGUCUUCUAUCUUUAUGGCUGUAAUGUACAUAUGGAAUUAUGGAACAAUGAAGAAACACCAGUUUGAUGUGGAGAACAAGGUUUCAAUGAAUAGGAUAGUGUCUUUAGGGCCAAGCUUAGGAAUGGUCCGGGUCCCUGGAAUUGGACUUGUAUACACUAAUCUGGUAACAGGGGUACCAGCUGUUUUUGGACAUUUUGUGACUAAUUUACCUGCAUUCCAUCAAGUGCUUGUUUUUGUUUGCAUAAAAUCUGUUCAAGUUCCCUAUGUUUGUGAAAAGGAACGAAUUCUCAUUAGUAGGGUAGGCCCAAAGGAGUGUGGCAUGUUCAGAUGCAUUCUGAGGUAUGGUUACAAGGAUCUGCAACAAGAAAAUUACAAUUUCGAAAACAGAUUGGUGUCUGGACUUGUACAAUUUGUAGAAACUGAGGACGAAACUGCAUCAAAAGCAACUGAUUUUUGUGGAGAGUUUGGAAACUCAGAUAUUGAAGCCUUUGAUUCUUCAGUGCAUACCAUCUCAAUUUCAUAUCCUGAAGAGGACAGAGUGAGAUGUUCAUGUGAUAUUCAAGUGAUGACAUCUGAUAUUGGUCGUGUGGAAAGUUUUCUUCUUAAAGAUGAGUCUCUGCAGAUUUUAAAAGCCAAAGAAUCUGGCGUCACUUAUGUUUUGGGGCAUUCCUAUGCAAAGUCAAAGAAACCAUCUUCCAUUUUUAAGAAAUUUGCCAUUGAUGUAGUAUAUGCUUUUUUAAGCAAGAAUGGUACAGAGCCUAAUAUUCUCAUGAAGGUGUCCCCUACUUCUUUGCUGGAAGUUGGUAUGAUUUACUAUGUCUAAGUUCUAAAGAAAAAGUUCACUUCUUGCCAGAGGAUCUUCCCCACAAGUGUUAUUUCUUUUCUGUUAGAUUAUCUGUUACUGAUCUUUAGGUUGACAUGCUACACUCUAUCUCAGGAUGUAAAUUAUGUAUAUAAUUUUAUCUUUUUGAUAAAUGAACACCACAUAGCAGAACUGGCACUUUAAGAAAAAAUUGUACAUGAUUCUUUUAGGGACAAGGAAACAGAAACGAAGUAGUCCCAUAGUGAUGGUUGUCGGGGUCAAGUUUUGGAAAGGCUAAGUAAAGCAGAAAUUGGUCCAAUCAGCCCCAGGUUCAAUAAAUGUAAAGAAUAAGAGAGACAUGCCCAAAAUUCACAUUACUUGCUGAUUAGAAGCUAGUGGUGCAUCACAAAGAAAUACCCAGAGGUGCUACCUCAAAAGGGAGAAAAAUACAUGAAAAUUCCUCAUCUUUUCAAGAAUGGUUAAUUUAGCAGAAUGGGAAAAUAAAAUUAAGGGAGGUAGUAAGGGAGUUAAUAUAGCUGAUGACAACUGCAAUUUGGAAGAGUUUGUGGCGAAGGUGAUACAACUUAACCUACACCUUCAAGAAUGGUUACUGACACUGAUUGCUCAAGACAAGAUGGAGAUAACUUUAUGGAUUUCAUUGGUCUACAUGGAGGCAUGGAGCACAAUCAACCAAUAUCACAAGAACAAGAACAAGUUUUAAUUUAGAUCCUUAGUUGUAUUUGACUAUAUGAUUUGGGGCCCUUGGGUAAGAGAUUUCUAGUAAUAUUGUUUAAGUGUUGUGAAAA